UCGGACUUGGAGUGCCUAUGUCGCCAUGGAGUACUUCCACGGCGCGCUGCUGAAUCGUUUGGCCUUCCAGGACGGCGCUUUCCGAUGCACUGCUCGGGUGCUGCCUGGGGAGCCGCUGCUGGCGCUGCCUCUCUCGAAGUGCUGGACGGCCGAGACAGCGCGUCGUGGCGCAGAACUGUCUGGGCUGGACCCGGAGCUCCCGGACUCCGUGUGGUUGGCCCUGCACCUGUUGCAGAAGCGACCUGCGCUGGCAGAGAAGGGCCAGCCAGGCCUCCUGCUUUGGGACGACACCGAGCUCUCAGAGCUGACUGGCAGCCUGUGGCUCCCAUCGGCGAGACUAGGGCGGGAAGAUAUCAUCGCAGAGUACCAUGAGCUGGUAGAAGUGAUUGAUGCUGCGGUGCUUGGCCAGCUCGGGGUGACAGAGGAGAGCUACCUUUGGGCGCAGGCGACGAAGGAAAGGUGCUCUUUGCACUUCCUGGACGCUGACAGUAACCCCGUAGACAUCCUCUUGCCCGCGCUGACGUUACUGGAAUCCAACCAGGUGCACGAUCCGGAGUUUGCUGCAGGCUUGGCGCGGCUGGAGGUCUCCCCAGAGGCCAUCGGGCCGCUUGUCACGAAAGUCGCCCAGGAGGAGAAGGAGCAACUGCUGGUCUUCUAUGCGCCAGAGGCUUUUGAGGCCGGAGCUCCUGUCUACCUCUGCCAUGGCGGCCUGGCGGCCUGCCAUGGUCGCGUGCUGCUGGAGCGUGGCAAGGUUAGCUGGGGCUGCUUGGAACUGGCCAUGGAGCUACCGGUGCAGCCAAGCAAGGAGCUGAAAGAGAAGGCAGCCGCCUUGCAGCCUGAUCCGCCAGCACCGGGGGAGUUUUUGCCCACGGAGGUGCUGGCGGGCUGGACCCCGGCCUUGCUCGAGGAGGAGCAGAAGACGCUGAAGCUGAAUGUGAGGUUUUCGAAGCAGCGGCCCGUGCCCCGGCGCGAGCUGGAGCUGCUGCAGGCGGCGCUUGGUGGAGGCCGCGCAAAGGAGGCGCUGUUACACGGCUUGCGAUCGAUUGAAGAGCUCUACGUGGAUUCCAAGGAGGCGGAAACGCCGCGCCGGAAGCUGGCCCGCGCUUUGAUACAGGAGGAGAAGCAGCUUCUGGGCUUCGCCAAGGCGGCGCUGGAAGACCCAGCCGCAGGUUUUGGCGGUGCGCCAAGCCGCGCGCCUGGCGCGAGCGAGACGGACGCCAGCGGCAAGAUGGAGGUGGCGCUGCUGCGGCUGGAAGGCACCACCUGCGCCCUGCGUCGCAUAACUGCGGUAUUUGCCGCCCUGCCCUGUGAUGCAGAGGCCGGGCCGCUGAUGCAGGAGCUGCAGGCGCUGCGAGCAGCGCUGGCAGGCUUCCCUGAGGGCAACCCGGAGUCCGUAUACAUGAGGCCCGUGGCACACACCAGUGAUCCGGCUCUGGCUGCGCACGGGGAGGCCACGGAGGCGGUUCUCCGAGCGCGCCUGGCCGCGUGCUGCUGGGAGAUUUCUAAGCUGGCUGCGGAGAGGGCGGAACCGGUGCUGAUGGCAGGUGUUCUGGGCGAGGCUGCCGUGAUGCACUUGCGGCUGCUGGAGUUCCAAGAGGCGCACGAGAAGCUGCAGCUGAGCUUGGCAGCGUCUUACAACGACAGGGCCUUUCGACUCGAGCGAUGGUGCCAAAUGACGUUGGCCUGCCAUGCCGGCCUGUGUGUCUCUGGCGACGGCUGGGCCGAGGCUGUGCGCUCGGUGGGCGAACAGCUGCAGGAACGGCUGCGACGUGCUGGCUACACCGAGGCAGCGCUACCUGAGGCCGCCGGGGUGCCUUCUAUCUUGCACCUGGUCUCAAGCCGCGGGUAUGAGCUGGAAUGCCAGAUGCAGGAGCGAGGCAGUCCGCAAGACCUGGUGGACAUGAUCCGGCUCUGGGUGCUGCGCCGCUUCAUGCCUCAGGACCGCGUCCGCGAGCUGCUGGGGCCUGAGCUGCUCUCCGGGCUGCUGCGGCUGCAAGUGCUCGCAGCGCUGCGCGUCCCCGACGAUGACUCGCCGCUCGUCUUCUCCACGGUGGCGCUCUGGCCUCUGGAGGGCCUUCUGGUGGCCACGGACUAUGGGGACAUCCCCUACGACGUGGGCGAAUUUGAGCCGGUGAUGUACCUGUCCCUGGACUCCUACGCUCUGAUCGCUGCGGCGCCCCGGCGGGCGGCCGAGCGGGUUCUGGACGUGUGCUGCGGCAGCGGCGUGCAGGGCAUGGUGGCGCUGAGCUAUGCGCGGGAGGUGACCUUCGUAGAUGUCAACGAGAGGGCUCUGAGCUUCAGUCGCUUCAACUGCGCGCUCAACGGCCUCUACGACCGCGCCAGCUUCGUGCGGGCCAGCGUGGAAGACCUCAGCGAGCUGGAGCCACCGUUCCAGGUGAUCCUCGCCAACCCGCCGUUCGUGCCAAAUCCAGAUGGGGCUGCGACGGCGGCAGGGCCCCUCUACUCUGGCGGUGGCUCGGAUGGAGAGAUGGUGCACCGUGCGUUGCUGCAGAAGGCAGGGCAACUGCUGGCUCCUGGCGGCCUGCUGUGCACAGUGGCAGAGGUGCCGAACCCUGAGAAGCUCGCAGACCGAGUGGUGGAGUGGAUUGGUGAGGUUUCAGCUAUGGUCAAGAUCUUCUUGGGUGAUCCCGCGGCAGCCGAGAAUUACUGGAAGGUUGCCACGCAGGAGCGUUCGGCACUGGAGCGCAGUCGUUACCUGCGGGGCUUGCAGCGCCUGAACAUCUCCUCGGUGGCACAGGCGCUGGUUCUGCUGCGCAAGGAUGGCACCUCCACCGUAGAGGUGACCACCCGCUCGCAGCUUUGGUCGGAUGAUGCAUAUUUACGGGGCCACGUGGCCAGUUCCAUUCUGCCCAAGAAAGCGGGCUACUUGUAGAGAAGAGGAAGGCAGUGGUGCUGGAGGACGUGCCCUGAUGGGAUCCUCAGGCAGUCCAAGACCAGUGGCCGGCCAUGCGCCGGGACCGUGGAGGAGUCAGAGGGCCAGGAGCUUCUGAGUUGUGGAUGCCGUAUUUCGUCCCACUUUCUGGGCCAAAGAGAGGCCGCAGCGAGCUUGAAGGCAAGCUUCGUUCAAGUCCCAGUGAACG